AUGAGAUUGUUGUUUGUUGUCUUUCUUGUGUUCCUAACUGCCUUCUCAUAUGCCUUAUUCUUAUCAACUCUCGUUAGACAAGAGGUCACUCUUCAGUUUUCCAGUGAAGGCUUUCGCAAGAAAAUUGACUUGCGACUUGGAGGGUUCCAUACAUACAAUCUCAGUGGAAAGAAUAACGAAGUUUGGGUUGAUGACUCCGGCAACACCUAUCCGUCUAGCAACUUUGCAUUCAAAGUGCCAGGAACUCUUAUCAUCAAGAAGGCCAACAAAGCCAAUGCAGGAACUUACAAUUUCAUUCCAAAAAAUACUGGACCAACUACCACUCUUCCACCAAAUGUGCAUGUAGACCCAGUUCCUUCCGAUGGAGUUACUCUCGUCUUUUUGUAA